GAUGCUCUGCCUAUUCGGUUUGGGACCGUAGAAGCAGCUUCUGGUUGAAUUAUUUUGCGCUUGUCUUCUGCUUUAGACUGCCAAGGAGAAAGCAUCUCCCCCAAAGCUGGGUUACCCUAACGAGAAGUGACGCGCCUCCACAGCUCGUAGACACUGAGUCGGCGACGGCGCUUCUUUGUUCAUUUCGACAUUCACCUGAGUACCACAUAUUGGGAUAUUAAGGGAUCAGGCACUAAACCCGGCGGAUCCGCGUCCUGCUGCUGCUAUGCCGGGAUACGACUACAAGUUUUUGGAGAAACCCAAGAGGAGGUUCCAGUGCCCGCUGUGUAACAAAGCUAUGCGGGAACCGGUUCAGGUGUCUACCUGCGGCCACCGGUUCUGUGAUACCUGCCUGCAAGAGUUCCUCAGUGAAGGAGUAUUCAAAUGUCCUGAGGAUCAGCUACCACUUGACUAUGCAAAGAUCUACCCAGACCCUGACCUAGAACAGCAGAUCCUGUCUCUUUCUAUCCGUUGUAUCCACAGUGAGGAGGGCUGCCGUUGGUCUGGCCAGAUGAAGCAAUUACAAGGUCAUUUCUCCACCUGUGCAUUCAAUGUGAUUCCUUGUCCAAAUCGCUGUGCCAUCAAACUAACAAGACGGGAUUUGCCUGACCACUUGCAGCAUGACUGUCCAAAAAGGAAGGUGAAGUGCGAGUUCUGUGGCAAUGAGUUUUCUGGAGAGGCAUAUGAGAAUCAUCAAGGACUGUGUCCCCAGGAAAGCGUCUACUGUGAAAACAAAUGUGGUGCACGAAUGAUGCGGAGGCUUUUGUCUCAGCAUUGCUUGGCAGACUGUCCUAAACGCACACAGCCCUGCAAGUUCUGUGGCAAAGAGUUUGUGUAUGAUACCAUCCAGAGUCAUCAGUAUCACUGUCCACGGUUCCCAGUGCAGUGCCCGAAUCAGUGUGGUGCCCCCAAUAUUGCCCGGGAGGACCUGGGCAGUCAUGUGAAAGAGCAGUGUGGCAGUGCCCUUGUGAUUUGUCCCUUCAAAGAUGCUGGCUGCAAGCACAGGUGCCCAAAAAUGGGUAUGACCCGCCAUUUAGAAGAAGCAACUAAAGUUCACCUCACAAUGAUGUGUACCCUUGUAAGCCGCCAGCGGCAGGAGAUUACAGAGCUGCGCCGAGAAGUUGAGGAGAUGUCUGUGAGUCACGAUGGAGUGCUGAUCUGGAAAAUUUCCGAUUAUACUCGAAAACUGCAGGAGGCAAAAGUUCGAAACAACUAUGAAUUCUUCAGCCCACCAUUCUAUACCCACAGAUAUGGAUAUAAGCUGCAGGUGUCUGCUUUUCUUAACGGGAAUGGCAGUGGGGAGGGCACCCACCUAUCCAUCUACAUCCGUGUACUUCCUGGCGAAUAUGAUACCCUACUGGAGUGGCCAUUCUCUUACAAGGUAACCUUCUCCAUUUUGGACCAAAGCGACCCAUCAUUGUCCAAACCCCAACACAUUACAGAGACCUUCACCCCUGAUCCCAACUGGAAGAAUUUUCAGAAACCUUCUAAUUCUAGGAACUCUCUAGAUGAGAGUACACUCGGUUUUGGAUACCCCAGGUUUAUCUCCCAUGAGGAGAUCAAAAAGCGCAACUACAUCAGAGACAACUGCAUUUUUCUGAAAGCGUCUGUUGAAAUUCCACAAAAGAUUAUUGCUUAAACUUUGUAUUUUGAACUUAAAAGUUCUUCCAGGUGUUUCACACUGGUGCAUAGUAGAUUUGGAAAUGGAAUCCAUGGUUUGGUUUUGGUCAUCUUAUUUCUUCCUAUUUAAAAGACCAUGGAAAACUGACUGUUCCUGUCUGCCCUUCAGACUUUUAGAGAUCCUGAAGAGAGUGGAGGACAUGGUUCAGUUUAGAGGAACUCCUUGUGAUGGCUUUGAGUAGCUGCGGGGUUGGGUAGGGUGGGUUUCUUUUAUAGUGCCUGGACCCAAGUAGCAAGGAAAUCUCUUUUAAUGUUUCUGAACAGCUCUUUGCUGACUUGGUCUUUUUCUGACAAGUUCAUCUUGGGUGCUGAUUAAUGAGAAGUCUAGUUUAAGAAGAUCUCAGGAAAAUUGAGGAUCAGGAAUUCUGGGUGUGCAUGCACACACGCUUACGCACAUGUCUACUGUAAAAGUUUUAAAUGUUAAAUCCAAAAGAGGUGUGUUUUUUUGUGAUAAAUAAGGGCAUAUAGAAGUGGCCUGGCUGCAGUGAAGAAUUUUGUAUAUGACGUUCCAGGACAGAUUAUCCAAAUGAAUAAUUCCAAAG